UAAAAACAACUAUAAAUGCAGAAACUGAAGGAUUACAUCUUUGCCUUCCCUCCCUACUCCGUAGCUAUGAAAACAGAAAAAGAAAAAGAAAGAAUGUCUGAUGAUCAGGCAUUCAAGGUGUGUUUCUGUUUCAGGAGGAUAUUUAGGCUAAGGAAGUCUGAGCCACCAGAAGAUGUGAAGGAGCUGUUUGCUAAGUACUCAGACAAUGGGACAAUGACCAUUGAACAUUUUUAUAAUUUCCUCAAUGAGUUUCAAGGAGAAAAGGAUGUUACCAAGGAAGAAGCUCAGAAUAGAAUGAAUAGUCUCAAGCAUAUUUUUCAAAGAAAAGGCCUCCAUCUAGAUGCCUUCUUUAGAUAUCUCCUAGGUGAUCAGAAUCCUCCUCACAUUUCAAAGGUGCACCAUGACAUGUCUGCUCCAUUAGCUCAUUAUUUCAUGUUUACUGGCCACAACUCCUACUUAACAGGUAACCAACUUAACAGUGAUAGUAGUGUUGUCCCUAUCAUAAAAUCUCUGGAACGAGGCGUUAGAGUAAUCGAAUUGGAUUUGUGGCCUAAUCCUGCAAAUGACGAUGUGGACGUUCGACAUGGAGGGACCAUGACUAGUCCAGUGAAACUAGCGGAUUGUUUAAGUGCCAUCAAAGAUCAUGCCUUUAAAGCUUCAAAAUACCCUGUUGUUAUAACAUUUGAAGACCACCUGCCUUCAAGUCUACAAAAAAAAGUGGCCAAGAUGGUGAUUAAUACAUUUGGGGACAUGCUAUACUGCCCUGAAGUAGAAUUCAUGAUGGAAUUCCCAUCGCCUGAAUCAUUGAAGGAAAGGAUUAUGAUUUCAACCAAACCACCAGAGAAUCCUGUUUCCCAGAGAGUUAGAGAAAGACAAAGUUCCAAAGAUUCCGCUAAUGAAGAAAACUGGGAGGAACAGAAUAAUGGUUAUGAGGAUCAGCAGGAUGAUAGGUAUGACGAUGAAGAAACUGCUGUUCUUGAAUAUAAGAAGUUAAUAGCCAUUCACGCAAGGAAGCCAAAAGGUAAAUCAAAUAUGUGGGAGGUUACUCCUUUGCAAUUGAGACGGCUUAGCUUGAGUGAGCAAGAACUUGAAACUGCCGCAAAAAAUCAUGGAACUGAUAUUGUUAGGUUUACUCAGAAGAAUCUGCUGAGGAUAUACCCUAAAGGUUUACGUUUCGACUCCUCUAAUUAUGAUCCUAUGGUUGGAUGGACUCAUGGAGCACAAAUGGUUGCAUUUAAUAUGCAGGGACAUGGGAAAUACCUAAGGAUUAUGGAAGGAAUGUUCAGGGCCAACGGCGGCUGUGGUUAUGUCAAAAAGCCUGACAUUCUACUGAACAGUACUGAGGUUUUUAAUCCUCAUGUAAACUUACCAGUUCAAAAAAAACUAAAGAUAAAAGUAUACAUGGGUGAAGGAUGGGAUUCAGAUUUUCGCCGCACGCACUUUGAUCGAUUUUCUCCACCAGACUUCUUCACAAAGGUUUCAAUAGCUGGAGUCCCAUCUGAUAUAAGAUCACAUAAAACAAAGACAAUUGAGGACCAAUGGAUACCUGUAUGGAACGAGGAAUUUGAGUUCCCACUGUCAGUUCCAGAACUGGCUGUACUUCUGAUUCAGGUCCUUGAAUAUGACACUUCAGGAAAACAUGAUUUUGGUGGGCAAAUCUGUCUGCCUGUAUCAGAGCUGAGAACUGGGAUUCGAGCAGUCUCAUUACAUAAUCGCAAGGGAGAGAAAUAUAGAAGUGUAAGGCUUCUUAUGAGAUUUGAAUUUGUGAAAGUCUAAAAUAUCAUUAAUAUUUCCAUGUAUAUAUAUGCAUAUGUAUAUGUGAACUUUAAUGAAAUUUUAUCCUGGUAUAUAAAAAUGUGUGAACCAUGAAGUUCCAUUUCCUAUGAUUUUCACUUUUCAAAGGGAAAUGAAAACAAGAAAGGCAUAUGCUGGGAAAUUUGUAUGUAGCAUAUCUGAUUGAUUAUGAUUUUAACCAGGACAUGUUACUAGAGAA